AUGGCGGGCUGAAUCAAAGAACUGAAAUAAAGAUAACAAAUAAAUAGAAUAAAUAAUUAAUUAAUUACACAUUUGAUAAUUUUUCUAUAUACCUUGGUAUUUUGUUAAAUCUACUUUUGCAGACUUUAUUGUAAUUUGUACUGUGAAAAAAUGAUUGGAAUGAGAAUGAAUGCGUUUAAUGAUACUGGUCUUGGAGAACCCGAACAAGAUGCAAAUACAGCGCUUAUAGAGCUUGAUAAAGGUUUACGUUCUACUAAAACUGGAGAACAAUGCGAAGCUAUAGUACGUUUUCCUAGAUUGUUUGAAAAGUAUCCAUUUCCAAUAUUGAUAAAUUCGUCUCUUUUGAAAUUGGCUGAAGUAUUUCGCACUGGCAGUAAUUUUUUACGAGUAUGGGUCCUAAGGGUGUGUCAGCAGAGCGAAAAGCAUCUUGAUAAAAUCUUGAAUGUGGAUGAAUUUGUAAGGCGUAUCUACAGUGUUAUACAUUCAAAUGAUCCAGUUGCUAGGGCCCUUACUUUGCGUACAUUAGGCAGUGUAGCUGGUAUUAUUCCUGAAAGACAACAAGUACACCAUAGUAUAAGAAGAUCCUUGGAUUCUCAUGAUUCAGUUGAAGUAGAAGCUGCAAUAUAUGCUGCCCAAAUGUUUGCAGCACAGUCUAAGUUGUUCGCUGUAUCAAUGUGCAGUAAGAUUUCCGAUAUGAUUAGAGGUCAAGCUACACCCGCCUCGAUGAAAUUGCAGCUUAUACCAAUUCUACAAUACAUGCAUCAUGACAUUUUUACAGCAUCAAUGGUAAAUGAAUUAUGUAUGGAGCUCCUUGCAAGUUAUCCAGCAGCUGAAUUUGUUAGAGUCACUCUGAGUGCACUAAGUACACUGGCCUCUGCAACAUUAAUAGAUGUGCCACAACAGGUUGUGUUAUUAUUACGCUAUUUGCAAGAUGAUCCGAGAUUGUCCGUAAAACGUCACGCCUUACAUCUUCUGCAUAGUUUAGCGAGAAGAGGAGCGCAUCUCUGGCCGCAGGGUGCUCUUAGUAAUUUAAUUGAGAGUACCACGACACUUUUGCAAGAUGGUGCAGGACAUACAGAUCUUCUUAUACGCACUUUAGAUGUAAUUGAGGUACUUAGCCAAAAUUCUGUGACAUGUGAUGCCAAUAUGGAGGAAAAUAGUCCUUUAUUGCAGCUGUGUCUAAAUGCGUGUUAUUCUCCUGAUCCAUUUGUCGCAGUAAAAGCAAUUACUAUACUUUCCAGAGUUGCCUGUUACUGUUACGAAGAAGGACUGCCCGCUUAUGGUAUACAAGAUGUCAUCUCUUGUCUCGAAUCUCUGAUUGUAUUACUGGCGUUGGACGAUAAACAUUUAUAUCAGUUAAAGGUGUGCUUACGUUCGACAGUAAAACUGUGUCAGUCGCAACCUAGUCAUUGCACUAUAUUUGUUGAUGCUAUUGGUUCCACCCUUAUCAAUGCCAGUGCGGAAAACGGUCAGAACGAGAAGCAAACGGUCGCUCUGUGCGAAGCUUUAGGCGCUAUUGGUAGUUUAGGAGAAAAUACACUGCUGCCGCUUUUAGCAGACAUUUUGGUAAAGCUUAAACAAACUAUGCAUGUACAUACAAAGGUAAUGCUUUGUACAUUACUAUUCCAAAUGGUGGCUGGAGGAUACGAAUGGAAUUCGGAAUGCUUAGAGGCAGUAGACAAUGUUGUAAAAAACGUAGAUGGUUGGGCGAAAUAUCGCAUUGCGCGUAGCGCCGCAAGAUAUGGUCAUCAUACAAUUGCUACCGAAAUAUUUAAGAGUCUAAAAGAAACGGUAGCAUCGGAGCAACUGCAUUUUUGGCUGUCUGGUUUAGAACUAGUUACAAAAGCGGAAUGCUGUCUCAUGGAUAAAAAGGAAGGCGAAGAAAAUUUUACUAAAGCCGAGAUUGUGGAGAAAUUGAAUGGAGCGAUAGCGCGUUAUGCGAGCGCUUGCGCAUCUCUUAAAGCUGCCAGCACUCCACUGCGCAGUUUGCAGUUUCCAAGUGAAUAUUCAAAAUUACGUUGUGAAUUCUUACAAGCCAUAGUCCAGCUAUUGCAUUCAUGCAUAUCUUUAUGCACUGCACCACCACCCGCUAUAGCUGUCACCGUUGUCAUUGCUACGAAAGAUGAUCUGCAAAGAUAUGGUCGCGUUACACACCAGUUAAGAAAAUCAGCGCAAGAUUUGAGAAACUGUGCGGACAAUUAUCAGAAGUUGUAUCAGUCAGCUUUUGAUGCUGAUCCAGGAUCGUUGGCGAAUAUUCGAGCAUUACAAGAAAUGUGCCGAUUAAUGGCGAACAGCGUAGAGCGAGUUUGUGGCGGCCCUAGUAUUUCAAUGUAUCAACAGCAGAACGAUUCCGUAAAUUUUUAUUUCGGCGAUUUUGUGGAAAUGCGACAGUUGGCCCGUUGUUGUGCCGAGUUGCGUUGUUUAGCACCACCAUGGGUGGGCGCCGAUGGUAAGACUGGAGCCAUCAGUCACUUGAGAGUCAGUUGUUUGAUAUCACAAGUCACGUUACUCGCUGGUGGAACAAUGAGAUUGCCGAUACCUAGGUAUUUCUUCCAAACGCUGCAGACGACUAGUAUUAAGCUAUCGGUGUCGCCACAACCGCGUGUUCUCGGUGAACCCGUGUCUGUGCCUCAAGGUAAUCAACUGGCCCUUAAAGUCGAAGGUGUAUUACGACACGGUCGACGAGCAGCCCUUUUCCGUUCUGUUGCUGCUGUAUGCAUUUCCAUCUCGACGACACCGCCUUCGAAAAUAAAUUCUGACCAAAAGGAUUCUAAUAUGAAUGAAUUACAGCAAACGGUUAUACCUCAUCGUGAUUUCUUCGCUUGUGAGUUUUUACUUUCCUUAGGAAUACCUGGACCUGCGAUUGUAUUUCCGUGCGCAGCUGGUGGAAAUACUUCUGGUAGUACGGGUAGCGGUGGUCAAUAUCAAAUUACAGCAAGCGCGAGUAUACUCGAUAAGGAUGGUAAUGUGUGGAAGUGUGGCCCACGCUCCACUCUUCCUGUUAGAGUGCACGAAGAGCCUACAAAGAGAAAAUUACCUUAAUAAAAACAUCGUACCAAUAAUUUGUAAUACUUGUAUAUAUUCAAAUCAAUUCUAAUAUAAAAAUAUAAAUCUUAUCAUU